CUCCUUGCUUCCUCUCUCUCUCUCUCACUCACUCUCUGGUCUCUACGGACUCUUGUCUUGUCCGAAUCCAGAUUUCCUUUAAGGGUACCAAUGAGUUAUCUGGGGAUCGGAAUCAGUCCGGGAAACGUCGCCAUCUACCAAGGAGGUAAGAUGAAGCUGAUUGAUCAGAGAGUUAGGCUAACGGAGGUUCUCUUACGCUGCUCCGUGAGUGUCUUCGCUCUCCUCGCACUUAUUCUGAUGGUUACGGACACUCAGGUCAAGCGUAUCUUCGUAGUUGAGAAGAGGGCCAAGUACACCGACAUGAAGUCUCUUGUAUUCUUGGUGGUGGCUAAUGGGAUAGCUGCAGCUUAUUCAUCAUUACAAUCAGUUCGUUGCGUGGCGGGUUCGAUGAAAGGAAGUGUUUUGUUCAGCAAGCCACUUGCUUGGGCCAUUUUCUCUGUUGACCAGGCUAUGGCUUACGUGAGCGUUGCGGCUAUAGCAGCUGCAUCAGAGUCUGGUGUGAUUGGAAUAAGAGGUGAGGAAAGGUUGCAGUGGAUGAAAGUGUGUAAUAUGUAUGCCAAGUUCUGCUACCAAGGGGCUGGAGUGGUUGCUAGCGCCUCUAUUGCCUCAGUUGCUAUGGUGUUCGUGUCUUGCAUUUCUGCUUUUAGUCUCUUCCGCUUGUAUGGUGCCACUCAAAGGCGGCUCAACCUCGCCUUGGUGAAGUGAAAAUGCACCUUCUUUAGUAUUUAUGAAAUGUUUUUUUUUUUUUUUUUUGCUAAAAUAUUUAUGAAAUGUUGUUAAAAUGAUAAUCUUCUCUCAUUCUAUGUAACAAACUAUAUGUAAAAUUGGACCUAGUGUUAUCUGUAUCAGUGUGUUAUAUC